GUAAGCACUGUGAUUUUGCCACGUUUUAUCGCGCAAUCUUUCAUCGGAGUUAGUUGUUACCUUGAGACGUCAGGAUGCUGGGUGAGGGUGAUCGAUAUGCUAUCACCAUUGCGAUGGGGAUUUUGAUGGCUGUCCUCGCUACAACGGCUGUACUGGCGCGUUUUGAGGCGAGGCGUACAACACAUUUGGGUUAUAGGACUGAUGAUUAUACUAUUGUUGCUGCGCUGGUGUGUUGCUACGUUGGAGUUGAAAUAAAGAGUAGUUUGGCUAAGAGGAUGAUAGGUUUGUUUGAUUGGCAUGUCGAUUUGUAAUUUGAUCGGUAGGUUGCAGGACGUUAACAUAUAAAGAAACUUGCCUAACUUUAUGUCUUAGGUGCCUUUGCGGGUAGAAUGGGAACUCACGAGUCUAUAAGACCCACAGCAAGUCCCGAAACUGAAGCAGAGUGGGCACUUCUUCGAUCCAAGGUAGAUUACCGUCGCAGGAAUUCCAUUUUUGAAGGCAAUAACUUACUAUAACUUGAGUAGCUCAUAUGGGCACUACAAAUCUUAAACAUCCUCGGUCCAGGUUUGACACGAACGAGCAUUCUUUUCUUCUACCGCCGUAUCUUCGUAGGCCGACCUUUCAAAACGGUAACAUGUUUCUUCAUUGUACUCAAUAUGAUGUGGACAAUAGCGUUCUUCUUCGGCAAUCUACGUGAGUUGCCUGUGACAAUAACCUACAGUUAUCUGGAACUGACACACCUAGUGGGUUGCUAUCCAACAAUCGGAAACUGGCAACCAGGGGUAAGCUCGAAGGGAAUCUGCAUCAACUUCGACGCCUUCUACAAAUCCAUGGUAGUAACCGAUGUAGUCCUCGACGGUCUCGUCUUACUUCUCCCAUGGUACCCAAUAUGGCACCUGAACAUGCCAACCCGUCAAAAAAUCACCGUUUCCGCCAUCUUUCUACUCGGUACCUUUGUCUGCAUCUCUGGCAUCUUCCGAAUCAUUGCGAUGUUUGAUGCCCUAGGCGAUGUGAAAGAUAGGACCUACCAACGUGCCCCCGCUUUCUACUGGGCGACCAUCGAAACUGGCACGGGUAUCGUGAGUGCGUGUCUUCCGACUCUCAAACCUCUGUUUGGGAAAUUAGGAUCGGCUACUAUCGUUCAGAGAAUUCUGAGGGGUUGUUCGUCAGGGUUCAAGCUUUCGGGGGGGUAUGGUGAUAGUGAGACGCGGUUGCCUACUUCUGAGUCUGAGGCUGAGGCGGAGAGGUGGGAGAAAGGUCGUGUCUAUGAUGGGCUGAAGUUGAUUAGUACUCAUCGGACGAAGGUUGAGGCGCUGGGGAGUCAGGGAAUACGGAAUGAUGUUGGGGGAAUACGAGUUGAGUCGAGGGUCUCGCAGGGCUCGAGUAAUCAUAGCUCUAUGGUUUAG